AUGGCGAGCUCGGCCCAGGGGUCGGGGUUCUUGCUCCAGCUCGCAGUGCUGCUCCGGACACUCGGGCCACAGGUCCAGACCCUCAGGCCAGAGAGCCUCUUGCUGGUAUCCACAUUGGAUGGAAGUCUCCAUGCAUUGAGCAAGCAGACAGGGGACUUGCAGUGGACGCUGAAGGAUGAUCCCAUCAUCCAAGGACCAAUGUAUGUCACCGAAACAGCCUUUCUCUCAGACCCAGCUGAUGGCAGCCUGUACAUCUUGGGGACCCAGAAACAACAGGGAUUAAUGAAACUUCCAUUCACCAUCCCUGAGUUGGUUCAUGCCUCUCCCUGCCGCAGCUCUGAUGGGGUCUUCUACACAGGCCGGAAGCAGGAUGCCUGGUUUGUGGUGGACCCUGAGUCAGGAGAGACCCAGAUGACACUGACCACAGAAGGUCCCUCUACCCCUCGCCUCUACAUUGGCCGAACACAGUAUAUGGUCACCAUGCACGACCCAAAGACCCCGGCCCUGCGCUGGAACACCACCUACCACCGCUACUCAGCACCCCGCAUGGACAGCUCGCCUGGGAAAUACAUGAGUCACCUGGCAUCCUGUGGGAUGGGCCUGCUGCUAACUGUGGACUCAGGAAGUGGGACAGUGCUAUGGACACAGGACUUGGGCAUGCCCGUGGUGGCCAUCUACACCUGGCACCAGGGUAGCCUGCGCCAGCUACCCCAUCUCACACUGGCUCGAGACACCCUGCAUUUCCUUGCCCUCCGCUGGGGCCACAUCCGACUGCCUGCCUCAGGUCCCCAGGACACAGCCACUGUCUUCUCGUCCUUGGACACCCAGCUGCUGAUGACACUUUAUGUGGGGAAGGAAGAAGCCGGCUUCUAUGUCUCUAAAGCCCUGGUCCACACAGGGGUGGCCUUAGUGCCUCGUGGACUGACCCUGGCUCCCACAGAUGGCCCCACCACGGAAGAGGUGACUCUGCAGGUCUCAGGGGAGCGAGAGGGCUCACCCAGCACUGCUGUCAGAUACCCCUCGGGCAGCGUGGCCCUCCCAAGCCAGUGGCUGCUCAUUGGACACCAUGAGCUACCCCCAGUCCUGCACACCACCAUGCUGAGGGUCCAUCCCACCCCAGGGAGUGGGUCUUCUGAGACAAGACCAUCAGAGAGCACUCAGGCCUCAGCCCUCUUCUUGGAGCUCUUGGGUCUGAGCCGUGAGAAACCCUGGGACCCGGAGCUGAGUCCAGAAGAGGAAACACCAGACUCUUAUCCAAGGCUGGGGUCCCAAGACCUGCUGGCAGCCAGCCUCACUGCUGUCCUCCUGGGAGGGUGGAUUCUCUUCCUCAUGAGGCAGCAGCAGCAGGUGGAGAAGCAGCAGCCGAUGCCCCUGGCACCAGCAGACCCUCCUCACAUCUCCCAGGACACUCCAUCCCAGCAUUUGGGGGCCACUCUGAGAGGCCAGACGAGGCUUCCAAGUCCCUCAGAGCAAGCUCAGCCACUCACUGACCCCGAAGCAGAGCCACUCACUGUGGUGGGGAAGAUUUCCUUCAACCCCAAGGAUGUGCUGGGCCGUGGGGCAAGUGGGACUUUUGUUUUCCGGGGACAGUUUGAGGGGCGGGCAGUGGCUGUCAAGAGGCUCCUCCGAGAAUGCUUUGGCCUGGUCCGGCGGGAGGUCCAGCUGCUGCAGGAGUCUGACCGGCACCCCAAUGUGCUCCGCUAUUUCUGCACGGAGCGGGGCCCCCAGUUCCACUACAUAGCCCUGGAGCUCUGCCGGGCCUCCCUGAGGGAGUACGUGGAAAAUCCUGAUGUAGACCGCGGGGGCCUAGAGCCCAAGAUGGUACUGCAGCAGCUGACGUCGGGCCUGGCUCACCUGCACUCCUUACACAUAGUGCACCGGGAUCUGAAGCCAGGCAACAUUCUUAUCGCUGGGCCUGACAGCUGGGGCCAAGGCAGGGUGGUCCUCUCAGACUUUGGCCUCUGCAAGAAGCUGCCUGCUGGCCGCUGCAGCUUCAGCCUCCACUCUGGCAUCCCAGGCACAGAAGGCUGGAUGGCGCCUGAGCUCCUGAAGCUCCGGCCAUCAGACAGCCCGACCUGCGCAGUGGACAUCUUCUCUGCAGGCUGCGUAUUCUACUAUGUGCUUUCCAGUGGCAGCCACCCCUUUGGAGAGAGUCUUUACCGCCAGGCAAACAUCCUCGCAGGGGCUGCCUGUCUGGUUCACCUGGAGGAAGAGGCCCAUGAUAAGGUCAUUGCCCGGGACCUGGUUGAAGCCAUGCUGAACCCACGGCCACAGGCUCGGCCCUCUGCCCAGCAGAUGCUGGCCCACCCCUUCUUUUGGAGCAGAGCCAAGCAACUCCAGUUCUUCCAGGACGUCAGUGACUGGCUGGAGAAGGAGUCUGAGCAGGCGCCCCUCGUGAGGGCGCUAGAGGCAGGAGGCUAUGCAGUAGUCCAGAACAACUGGCACAAGCACAUCUCCGUUCCACUGCAGACAGAACUGAGGCGGUUCCGGUCAUAUAAGGGGACAUCAGUGCGAGACCUGCUUCGUGCUAUGAGAAACAAGAAGCACCACUACAGGGAGCUCCCAGCUGACGUGCAGCAGGUGCUGGGCCAAGUCCCUGAUAGCUUCGUCCAGUACUUCACAAACCGCUUCCCACGGCUGUUGCUCCACACACACCACGCUAUGAGGAGCUGUGCCUCGGAGAGCCUCUUCCUGCCCUACUAUCCGCCAGCCUCAGAGGCCAGCAAGUCUUGCCCAGGAGAUGCUGGGAGCUGA